AUGCUGUUUCAACUCCUAACAGAAUCCUCCUUUUUCCUAUCUGUAUUAUGUGUACAAGUUCCUCAAGAUGCCCAGGUUUUGACACAAUGCAACAGCAGUAACAUUUUUGAUGGCAUUAUACCACAAGGAUACAAGAAAGCUGUGGCUCCAUCUACAGGAGAUAAAGAAGUGGAUAUCUACAUAACAUUGCAAAUCGCCGACAUCUAUGGACUUGAUGAAGAGAGUAUGGAUUUUUACGUUCACAUGUAUUUUGAUGAUAUGUGGCGAGACGAAAGACUUGCUACGAAAUGCAUCCAGAGGGCGCGACCGAUCAUACUUCCGGAGGAAGUAGCUGAAAAUCUUUGGGUUCCAGAUAUUUAUUUCGAAAACAGCAAAUGGGGAGAGAUGUUUAAGAUCUCUGUACCUAACACUAACGUCAAGGUUAUGCAAGACGGGAUGAUCUACCGUUACUCUAGGUACGUACUUCAGAUUAGCUGUCCUAUGGAUCUCCGUUUUUAUCCUAUGGACAUCCAGAUUUGCAGUAUUCGAGUAGCUCUAUUUGCUCAUCCUGAUGACGUCGCACGCCUUCAUUGGACAAAUGACCUUGACAGUCCAGUUAAAGACAUAGAUGCAAUUGUGUUGUUAUCUCCUGUUAAGUUGCCUCAGUUUAAACUUUCUGCUGUGAACACGACUGAGCAUACAGAGAACUGGAACACAGGAAAUUAUACCUCAAUGAUAGCGAAAUUUACCUUUGCACGCCAUCUGACUUCAUAUAUCGUCAACACCUACAUUCCUAGUGUUCUAGUGGUUUUGAUGUCGUGGUUAUCUUUUUGGCUGGACGUCGGAGCAGUUCCAGCUCGAGUGACCCUGGGAGUGACUUCACUGCUGACACUAGCGACUCAAGUGGUCCAGUCCCGAAGCUCCAUACCUCCCGUGGCAUACAUCAACGCUCUGGAUGUAUGGCUGUUUUUCUGUAUCAACAUGGUGUUUUCUACGCUGGUGGAGUAUGCUAUUUCAUAUUACAUCUCGUUUUAUAAAACUUUCGACGGAAAAUGUCUUUGUUUUCCUUUCCAACGUUGUACCGGUAACUUUAUAAAGAAAACAAUCGCUGACCAGUCGAAUGCCGUAUCGUCAAAAGUAUCCUGGGUUUCCUCUGAAGGUCCAACAGAGCGUUUAGCGUCAUCUAGUGAAAAACAACAAAAGAUAUUAGGAUCAACUGUCAGCAGUACAAAGUGCAUUGAUAAAAUCUCACGUUUAAUAUUUCCUUUUUUCUUUUUAAUUUUUAAUAUAAUGUAUUGGCCAUACUAUCUUACUUUUUCUACUCCAGGCAGCGAUUAAAUACAGAAAUAUAUCCAGUGUCUAUAGUUUCCAGCUCAGUUUGUUCUAACGUUUAUCUUUUUAUAGUUGAUUAUAUUGCAAGUGGGAAAUUUCCAUCAGAAGUCUAAAGGGUGUUUUUUCGUGUACAUUGUAUGUAAAUGAGUUUGUUUGUUUUGUUAACAGAAAAAUAUUGCCAUAGAUAGUGCUUAUUUUGUGGAAAACAAAAAGUACCGAAUCCUUCUUAACGAUGGGGUGGGUGGGUGGGUGAGUUUUGGAAGAUCAUUUAAACGUUAUUGAGGCUACUAUUUUGGAUGAGGUUGAGGGGGGGAGUAAAUUAGUUGACUACAUCAGUCAAAUAUCAGUACACAAUGUAACCGAGGUAGAUUUAAAAUAAAUUAUAGUGUUCCGAUUUAAUAAUUCAAGCUCCCC